CACUCCCGCGCAUGCUCCACCCUCUGGGUUCCUGCCCCUCUUUUGGUGCGGUCCUCUUUCCCCUCCCCCGCCAGCCUCCGAGAUCGCUUGGUCUGGCCGGCCGGGCGGGCGACGUUCCCUGUGCGUGCAGGCGCUUGACUUCACUUCCGGCUAACGCGCUCCGCUUUGCCCCCUGGCCCCGGAUGGUGACUGGCUGUGGUGCUGCACCUCCCGGGACUGUCACUGAGCGGCUUCCCAGUGUGAUUGUGCUGAGCGCAGGCCGGAAGAUGGCGGCUGCGGCUGCGGAGGCCUCGGGCUCGAGCUGCUCCUCCGCGGCGGCGGCGGCGGCAGCAGGGGCGGGGGCGGCCGGGGUCUCCGAGUGGCUGGUGCUGCGGGAUGGCUGCAUGCGCUGCGACGCCGAUGGGCUGCACAGCCUCUCCUACCACCCGGCGCUUAACGCCAUCCUGGCCGUCACCAACCGCGGGACCAUCAAAGUCAUCGACGGCACGUCGGGGGCCACCCUUCAGGCCUCCGCGCUCAGCGCUAAACCGGGUGGACAGGUGAAAUGUCAGUAUAUUUCUGCUGUGGAUAAAGUUAUAUUUGUGGAUGAUUACGCAGUAGGUUGUAGGAAGGACCUUAAUGGGAUCUUGUUGCUAGACACUGCUCUACAAACUCCAGUUUCAAAGCAGGAUGAUGUGGUCCAACUGGAGCUUCCCAUCACAGAGGCACAGCAGCUCUUAUCAGCUUGUAUAGAAAAGAUAGAUGUUUCUAGUACAGAGGGUUAUGAUUUGUUCAUCACACAGCUCAAAGAUGGUUUAAAAAACACAUCUCAUGAAACUGCAGCAAACCAUAAAGUUGCUAAGUGGGCCACAGUUACAUUUCAUCUUCCUCAUCAUGUAUUGAAGUCUAUUGCCAGUGCCAUUGUAAAUGAACUUAAGAAAAUAAAUCAAAAUGUUGCUGCCUUACCUGUGGCGUCCUCAGUGAUGGACAGAUUGUCUUACCUCUUACCCAGUGCACGUCCAGAACUUGGAGUCGGGCCAGGCCGUUCUGUAGACAGGGCAUUGAUGUAUAGUGAAGCUAACAGAAGGGAGACUUUCACUUCAUGGCCUCAUGUUGGCUACAGGUGGGCACAGCCGGACCCCAUGGCUCAAGCUGGAUUUUAUCACCAGCCUGCUUCAUCUGGAGAUGAUAGAGCCAUGUGUUUUACUUGUAGUGUAUGCCUCGUUUGUUGGGAACCUACGGAUGAACCUUGGUCUGAACAUGAGAGACACUCUCCCAACUGCCCCUUUGUGAAGGGCGAGCACACCCAGAAUGUGCCCUUGUCAGUCACACUGGCGACAAGUCCUGCGCAGCUCCCUUCUGCAGAUGGAGCUGACAGAAUAGCUUGCUUUGGCUCUGGGAGCUGUCCUCAGUUUCUAGCUGCUGCGACCAAACGUGGGAAGAUCUGCAUAUGGGAUGUCUCCAAACUCAUGAAGGUGCACUUGAAGUUUGAAAUUAAUGCCUAUGACCCAGCAAUUGUGCAACAGCUGAUCCUAUCAGGAGACCCAAGUUCAGGAGUUGAUUCAAGGAGACCCACUUUGGCAUGGCUAGAAGACUCUUCUAGUUGCUCAGACAUACCAAAACUGGAAGGAGACAGUGAUGAUUUGCUGGAGGAUUCAGACAGUGAAGAACAUUCCAGAUCGGAUUCUGUGACAGGGCAUACAUCUCAGAAGGAAGCCAUGGAAGUAAGCCUUGAUAUAACAGCUCUCAGCGUUCUCCAGCAGCCAGAAAAACUGCAGUGGGAGAUUGUGGCUAAUGUGCUUGAAGAUACUGUUAAGGAUCUUGAAGAACUUGGGGCGAACCCUUGCUUAACGAACUCUAAGAGUGAAAAGACAAAGGAAAAGCACCAGGAACAACACAACAUUCCCUUCCCAUGUUUAUUGGCUGGAGGUUUAUUAACAUAUAAAUCUCCUGCUACCUCACCCAUUAGUAGUAAUUCUCACAGGUCACUGGACGGUUUAAGCAGAACUCAGGGCGAAAGUAUAUCAGAACAAGGGUCAACUGACAAUGAAUCCUGCACAAAUUCAGAACUGAAUUCUCCUCUGGUCAGGAGGACGUUACCUGUUUUACUUCUUUAUAGUAUCAAAGAAUCUGAUGAGAAAGCAGGAAAAAUCUUUUCACAGAUGAACAAUAUUAUGAGUAAAAGUUUGCAUGAUGACGGUUUUACAGUUCCGCAGAUUAUUGAAAUGGAGCUGGAUAACCAGGAGCAGUUGUUGUUACAGGAUCCGCCUGUGACUUACAUUCAGCAGUUUGCAGAUGCAGCUGCCAGCCUCACCUCUCCUGAUUCUGAGAAGUGGAACUCUGUGUUCCCCAAGCCUGGGACUUUGGUGCAGUGCUUGAGGCUACCAAAGUUUGCAGAGGAGGAGACUCUUUGUAUAGACUCUAUAACUCCUUGUGCUGAUGGAAUUCAUUUGUUGGUAGGACUGAGGACAUGCUCUGUGGAAUCAUUGAGUGCAAUAAAUCAAGUCGAGGCCUUGAAUAAUUUAAAUAAAUUAAACUCUGCACUAUGUAAUAGACGUAAAGGUGAUCUGGAAUCCAAUCUUGCUGUAGUGAAUGGUGCAAAUAUCAGUGUGAUCCAACAUGAGUCACCAGCAGAUGUCCCGGCUCCUUUGAUCAUUCAGCCGGAACAGAGGAAUGUUAGUGGUGGAUAUUUAGUUCUUUACAAGAUGAAUUAUACCACUCGAAUAGUGACUUUAGAAGAGGAGCCAGUGAAAAUCCAACAUAUCAAAGAUCCCCAGGACACAAUUACCUCGCUCAUUUUACUUCCACCAGAUAUACUGGAUAAUCGAGAGGAUGACUGUGAAGAGCCUGCCGAGGAAAUGCAGUUGACCUCAAAGAAUGGGAUUGAAAGAGAAAAAAAGUCUGACAUUUCUACUCUUGGACACCUGGUAGUAACCACUCAGGGAGGAUACGUAAAAGUAUUAGACCUUUCAAACUUCGAAAUUUUGGCCAAAGUGGAGCCUCCCAAAAAGGAGGGCACUGAAGAACAGGACACAUUUGUCUCUGUCGUUUACUGCUCAGGCACAGACAGGCUGUGUGCGUGCACCAAAGGUGGUGAGCUCCAUUUUCUCCAAAUUGGAGGAACCUGUGAUGAUAUUGAUGAAGCUGAUAUUCUGGUAGAUGGAUCCCUUUCUAAAGGAAUAGAACCAUCUUUAGAAGGUUCCAGACCUUUAUCAAAUCCUUCAAGUCCUGGUAUUUCAGGAGUUGAUUUAUUGGUGGACCAACCUUUCACACUUGAAAUCUUGACGUCUCUAGUAGAACUAACUCGAUUUGAGACACUGACUCCACGAUUUUCAGCAACUGUUCCUCCAUGUUGGGUAGAAGUUCAGCAAGAACAGCAGCAAAGAAGGCAUCCGCAGCAUCUGCAUCAGCAGCACCACGGAGACGCUGCUCAACAUACCCGGACCUGGAAACUGCAGACCGACAGCAACAGCUGGGAUGAACAUGUCUUUGAACUGGUUCUACCUAAAGCCUGUAUGGUUGGACAUGUGGACUUCAAAUUCGUUCUGAACACGAAUAUCACCAGUGUCCCCCAGAUACAAGUGACACUGCUGAAGAACAAAGCUCCGGGCCUAGGGAAGGCCAAUGAAACAGCAGUAGAUAGGCAGAUCACCUUUCCUUUGUCUCCAGCUCUUAACAUUGACGUGGAACAAAAUGGGAACCCGUCCCUGGUUGAUUUGAAUGAAGAAAUGCACCACAUGGAUGUAGAGGAGUCACAGUGUCUUAGGUUAUGUCCAUUCUUAGAAGAUCAUAAAGAAGACAUUCUUUGUGGCCCAGUAUGGCUUGCUAGUGGUCUGGACCUAUCAGGUCAUGCUGGGAUGUUGACAUUGACAAGCCCCAAACUUGUUAAAGGUGUGACAGGAGGGAAGUACCGUUCGUUUUUAAUUCAUGUGAAAGCAGUGAGUGACCGAGGAGCAGAUGAGAUGUGCAGCAGUGGUCUGCGUCCUGUCGUGAGACUUCCAUCUCUUAAACAGCAGGGCCACAAGGGAUACUCACUUGCUUCUCUCUUGGCAAAAGUUGCAGCAGGCAAAGAAAAAUCAUCUAAUGUUAAAAAUGAAAAUGCAGGAGGCGCUCGUAAGUCUGAAAACCUGCGGGGUUGUGACUUACUUCAAGAGGUCUCUGUCACCAUUCGGAGAUUUAAGAAAACUUCAAUUUGUAAGGAAAGGGUUCAGCGUUGUGCCAUGUUACAGUUUUCAGAAUUUCAUGAGAAGCUUCUUAACACUCUUUGUAGAAAAUCAGAUGAUGGGCAGGUCACAGAACAUGCUCAGAGUCUCGUGUUGGAUGCUCUCUGCUGGUUAGCAGGAGUCCAUGCAAAUGGGCCUGGCAGCUCAAAGGAAGGAAAUGAUUGCCUGCUUUCAAAAACACGAAAAUGUCUUUCAGAUAUUGUCCGUGUUUGCUUCUUUGAGGCAGGACGAAGUAUAGCCCAUAAAUGUGCCCGAUUUCUAGCCUUGUGCAUUAGUAAUGGCAAAUGCGACCCCUGUCAGCCUGGAUUUGGAUCAGUUCUAUUGAAGGCUUUACUUGAUAAUAUGUGCUUUUUACCGGCAGCAGCAACUGGUGGUUCUGUCUACUGGUACUUCGUACUGCUGAACUACGUUAAGGAUGAAGACCUGGCUGGAUGCAGCACCGCUUGUGCCGCUUUACUCACGGCUGUGUCCAGACAGCUGCAGGACAGGCUGACGCCCCUGGAAGCUCUCCUUCAGACAAGAUAUGGAUUAUACAGCUCCCCAUUUGAUCCAGUCCUUUUUGACUUGGAGAUGAGUGGCUCUUCUUGUAAAAAUGUAUAUAAUAGCAGCAUUGGUGUCCAGUCAGACGAAAUUGAUUUAUCGGAUGUGCUUUCAGGGAAUGGAAAAGUCAGUAGCUGCACAGCUGCUGAGGGAAGUUUCACAUCUCUCACUGGACUCCUGGAGGUUGAACCCCUUCACUUUACUUGCGUGUCAACUAGUGAUGGAACCAGAAUAGAAAGGGAUGAUGCAAGUACGUUUACUGUGAGUUCCUUCGGGGUUACUCCUGCAGUAGGUGGACUAUCAUCUGGCACAGUUGGGGAAGCCUCCACAGCCCUGAGUUCAGCAGCCCAGGUAGCUUUGCAGUCUCUCUCUCAUGCAAUGGCUUCAGCCGAGCAACAGCUACAGGUGCUGCAAGAGAAACAGCAGCAGCUUUUGAAGCUUCAGCAACAGAAAGCAAAGCUGGAAGCCAAAUUGCACCAGACAACAGCAGCAGCAGCAGCCGCAGCUGCAUCAGCAGCAGCCGCCGCAGCAGGUCCUGUUCACAACUCUGUGCCUUCCAACCCAGUGGCUGCUCCUGGAUUUUUCAUCCAUCCAUCUGAUGUUAUUCCACCCACUCCAAAAACAACUCCGCUUUUUAUGACUCCGCCACUCACUCCGCCCAAUGAAGCUGUUUCUGUUGUGAUUAAUGCCGAACUUGCACAGCUCUUUCCAGGCUCAGUCAUUGAUCCUCCAGCAGUGAAUCUUGCUGCUCAUAACAAAAAUUCCAACAAGUCUAGAAUGAAUCCACUUGGUUCUGGCCUGGCCCUUGCAAUUUCUCAUGCCUCACAUUUUCUUCAGCCACCGCCUCACCAGUCCAUUAUUAUAGAGCGAAUGCAUUCAGGAGCCAGGAGAUUUGUGACCCUGGAUUUUGGAAGACCUAUACUAUUGACAGAUGUACUCAUUCCUACUUGUGGAGACUUGGCGUCCUUAUCAAUUGACAUAUGGACAUUAGGAGAAGAAGUGGAUGGAAGGCGUUUGGUAGUGGCAACUGAUAUCAGUACACAUUCACUAAUUCUUCAUGACUUAAUACCUCCACCUGUGUGCAGAUUCAUGAAGAUAACUGUCAUUGGACGCUAUGGAAGCACAAAUGCCAGAGCAAAGAUCCCCUUAGGAUUUUACUAUGGGCAUACCUAUAUCUUACCUUGGGAAAGUGAACUGAAGUUGAUGCAUGAUCCUCUAAGAGGUGAAGGAGAAUCUGCCAACCAACCAGAAAUUGACCAGCAUUUAGCAAUGAUGGUUGCUCUACAAGAAGAUAUACAGUGCAGAUAUAACUUAGCCUGUCAUCGUCUGGAAGCGCUUUUGCAGAGUAUUGAUCUUCCUCCUCUCAAUAGUGCGAACAAUGCACAGUACUUUUUGAGAAAACCAGACAAAGCAGUUGAGGAAGACAGUAGAGUUUUUUCUGCUUAUCAAGAUUGUAUUCAGCUACAGCUUCAACUAAAUCUGGCUCAUAAUGCAGUUCAGAGGCUCAAAGUAGCCAUAGGUGCAAGUCGGAAGCCGUUGAGUGAAACAUCAGGUCCAGAAGACCUGAUUCAGACGUCGUCCACAGAGCAGUUACGCACCAUUGUGAGAUACUUACUGGACACGCUGCUCAGCCUCCUGCAUGCUUCCAAUGGGCAUUCUGUUCCUGCAGUUUUGCAGAGUACCUUUCACGCUCAGGCCUGUGAAGAACUGUUUAAACACUUGUGCAUCAGUGGGACCCCAAAGAUACGAUUACAUACUGGCCUUCUCCUUGUUCAGCUGUGUGGUGGUGAGAGAUGGUGGGGCCAGUUUCUUUCUAACGUUCUUCAGGAACUGUAUAAUUCAGAGCAGCUUCUCAUCUUCCCACAAGAUAGGGUCUUUAUGUUACUUUCCUGCAUUGGUCAGCGAUCACUUAGUAACAGUGGAGUAUUGGAAAGCUUACUAAACCUCUUGGAUAAUUUAUUGUCGCCUCUUCAGCCAGAGUUAACCAUGCACAGAAGGACAGAAGGAGUCCUGGAUAUUCCCAUGAUUAGUUGGGUUGUUAUGCUGGUGUCCAGGUUACUGGAUUAUGUGGCUACUGUAGAAGAUGAAGCAACAGCUGCAAAGAAACCUUUGAAUGGUAAAGACAGGGAAAGGUUUCUGACAGGUAACCAGUGGAGUUUUAUUAACAAUAAUCUGCAUACUCAGAGCUUAAAUAGAUCCUCCAAGGGAGGCAGUAGCCUCGAUAGAUUAUAUUCUAGAAAAAUCAGAAAGCAGCUUGUACAUCAUAAGCAGCAACUUAACCUACUAAAGGCAAAACAGAAGGCUUUGGUGGAACAGAUGGAAAAAGAAAAAAUACAGAGUAACAAGGGCUCGUCAUAUAAACUGCUAGUAGAGCAAGCAAAACUGAAGCAGGCGACCUCCAAGCAUUUUAAGGAUUUGAUUCGCUUGCGCCGGACAGCAGAAUGGUCUCGUUCUACUUUAGACACUGAAGUUACCACAACAAAAGAGAGCCCUGAGAUAGAACCUCUUCCAUUUACUCUGGCCCAUGACCGUUGUAUCUCAGUAGUACAAAAGCUUGUCCUGUUUCUCCUCUCCAUGGAUUUCACAUGCCAUGCAGACCUCUUAUUGUUUGUCUGCAAGGUUCUUGCACGCAUUGCAAAUGCGACCAGGCCAACUAUUCAUCUGUGUGAGAUUGUGAAUGAGCCGCAGCUAGAAAGACUGUUGUUGCUUCUGGUUGGAACUGACUUCAAUAGAGGAGACAUCUCUUGGGGUGGUGCCUGGGCUCAGUAUUCUUUAACCUGUAUGCUGCAGGACAUUCUAGCAGGAGAACUGUUGGCUCCGGUGGCUGCAGAAGCGAUGGAAGAAGGCACCGUGAGCGAGGAUGUUGGCGCAACAGCUGGCGACUCUGACGACUCCCUGCAGCAGUCCUCUGCUCAGCUGCUGGAAACCAUAGAUGAACCAUUGACACAUGAGAUAGCAGGUACACCUCCUCUCUCUUCUUUGGAAAAAGAUAAGGAAAUUGACCUUGAGCUACUUCAAGAUCUCAUGGAAGUUGACAUUGAUCCUUUAGAUAUUGAUCUAGAAAAAGAUCCUCUUGCAGCCAAAGUUUUUAAGCCUAUAAGCAGUACAUGGUAUGACUAUUGGGGUGCUGAUUAUGGUACAUAUAAUUAUAAUCCUUACAUUGGAGGCUUGGGGAUGCCUGUAGCAAAACCACCAUCAAACACAGAGAAGACUGGAUCUCAGACUGUCAGUGUUUCAGUGUCUCAGGCUUUAGAUGCUCGUCUAGAAGUUGGCCUUGAACAGCAAGCAGAACUUAUGUUGAAAAUGAUGUCUACUCUGGAAGCAGAUUCCAUUUUACAAGCAUUAACAAAUACAUCUCCUACCUUUUCACAAUCUCCAACUGGAACAGAUGAUUCACUUCUUGGGAGUUUGCAACCAGCAAGCCAGAAUAGCCAGCUUAUCAUACAGUUGUCAUCUGUCCCAAUGUUAAAUGUUUGUUUCAAUAAACUUUUUUCCAUGCUUCAAGUUCAUCAUGUUCAGUUGGAAUCACUUCUUCAGUUGUGGCUCACAUUGAGCCUUAAUUCUAGUUCAUCGGGGAACAAAGAAAAUGGAGCAGAUAUUUUUUUAUAUAAUGCUAAUCGGAUACCUGUCAUCUCAUUAAAUCAAGCAUCAAUAACUAGCUUUCUCACAGUGCUGGCUUGGUAUCCAAAUACUUUGCUCCGGACGUGGUGCCUUGUGCUUCAUAGCUUAACACUCAUGACAAAUAUGCAGCUUAAUUCUGGUUCCAGCAGUUCUAUUGGAACUCAGGAGACAACGGCUCAUUUGUUGGUUUCAGAUCCAAACCUUAUUCAUGUGUUAGUGAAAUUUCUUUCUGGUACCAGUCCACAUGGGACAAAUCAGCACAGUCCACAGGUUGGCCCAACAGCUACGCAAGCUAUGCAAGAAUUUCUCACCCGACUACAAGUGCAUCUGUCUUCAACAUGUCCUCAGAUAUUCAGUGAACUUUUGCUCAAGUUAAUUCACAUACUGUCCACAGAGAGGGGGGCCUUCCAGACAGGACAAGGACCUCUUGAUGCCCAAGUGAAGCUGUUAGAGUUUGCUCUGGAGCAGAACUUUGAAGUUGUCUCAGUUAGUACUAUUUCUGCUGUGAUAGAGUCCGUCACCUUCUUGGUGCACCACUACAUUACUUGCUCAGACAAGGUCAUGUCUAGAAGUGGAUCAGACAGCUCUGUCGGUGCGCGAGCUUGCUUUGGGGGACUCUUUGCUAACCUCAUCCGUCCAGGUGAUGCAAAAGCUGUUUGUGGUGAAAUGACAAGAGAUCAACUCAUGUUUGAUUUGUUAAAACUUGUUAACAUUUUAGUACAGCUGCCUCUUUCAAGCAAUAGGGAAUAUAGUGCAAGAGUGUCUGUGACCACCAAUACAACAGAUAGUGUUUCAGAUGAAGAAAAAGUCUCAGGAGGCAAGGACGUCAAUGGAAGCAGUCCCAGCAUGCCAGGAUCUCCAGCAUACGUUGCUGACUUGGUCUUAGCCAACCAGCAAAUCAUGAGCCAAAUUUUGUCUGCUCUUGGCCUGUGUAACAGCAGUGCCAUGGCAAUGAUAAUCGGUGCAAGUGGCUUACAUCUCACCAAACAUGAAAACUUUCAUGGUGGGUUAGAUGCCAUAUCAGUUGGAGAUGGAUUAUUUACCAUAUUGACAACACUCAGUAAGAAAGCCUCUUCAGUCCACAUGAUGCUGCAGCCAAUCUUGACCUACAUGGCCUGUGGAUACAUGGGAAGACAAGGUUCUCUUGCUACUUGCCAGUUAUCUGAACCAUUGUUGUGGUUUAUUUUGAGAGUUUUGGAUACUAGUGAUGCAUUGAAAGCUUUCCAUGAUAUGGGUGGAGUUCAGCUUAUCUGCAACAAUAUGGUUACCAGUACAAGGGCUAUUGUGAACACUGCAAGAAGUAUGGUAUCAACUAUUAUGAAAUUUCUUGAUUCUGGUCCAAAUAAAGCUGUUGACAGCACUCUGAAAACAAGGAUCCUGGCCUCUGAGCCUGACAAUGCAGAGGGAAUCCAUAACUUUGCACCCCUUGGUACAAUCACUUCUAGUAGUCCUACUGCCCAACCAGCCGAGGUGCUCUUGCAAGCCACACCGCCCCAUCGAAGAGCUCGUUCUGCUGCCUGGUCCUACAUUUUCCUGCCAGAGGAAGCUUGGUGUGACCUUACUAUCCACCUUCCUUCAGCAGUGCUGCUGAAGGAGAUACAUAUUCAACCUCACCUUGCAUCUCUUGCAACCUGUCCAUCGUCAGUAUCUGUUGAAGUAAGUGCAGAUGGUGUUAAUAUGCUCCCUUUGUCUACUCCUGUUGUCACAAGUGGUCUCACCUACAUAAAAAUUCAGCUUGUCAAAGCUGAGGUAGCUUCCGCUGUCUGCCUCAGACUACACCGUCCUCGGGAUGCCAGCACACUUGGCCUCUCACAGAUUAAAUUAUUAGGCCUUACUGCUUUUGGUACCACCUCAUCAGCCACAGUUAAUAAUCCCUUUCUUCCAUCUGAAGAUCAAGUUUCCAAAACAAGUAUUGGAUGGUUACGGUUAUUACAUCAUUGCCUUACACAUAUAAGUGAUCUAGAAGGGAUGAUGGCCAGUGCAGCUGCCCCUACUGCCAAUCUGCUGCAGACUUGUGCUGCCUUACUGAUGUCACCAUACUGUGGGAUGCAUUCCCCCAACAUUGAGGUUGUGCUUGUAAAGAUUGGAUUGCAGUCCACUAGAAUUGGCCUGAAGCUUAUUGACAUUCUCCUGAGAAAUUGUGCAGCAUCAGGCAGUGAUCCUACAGAUUUAAAUAGCCCUUUACUUUUUGGAAGACUGAAUGGACUGUCCUCUGAUUCUACAAUAGAUAUUCUUUACCAGCUUGGCACAACUCAGGAUUCUGGAACUAAAGACAGAAUUCAGGCCUUGCUAAAGUGGGUCAGUGACUCUGCAAAAAUGGCUGCUUUGAAGAGAAGUGGCAGAAUGAACUAUAUGUGCCCGAGCUCAUCAGCUGUCGAGUAUGGUCUUCUCAUGCCGUCCCCCUCUCAUUUGCACUGUGUAGCAGCGAUUCUUUGGCAUAGUUAUGAACUGCUUGUCGAGUAUGAUUUGCCAGCACUGCUAGACCGAGAGCUCUUUGAGUUACUUUUUAAUUGGUCCAUGUCACUUCCCUGCAAUGUGGUUUUGAAGAAAGCUGUUGAUAGUCUACUUUGCUCCAUGUGCCAUAUACAUCCAAAUUAUUUUUCCUUGCUUAUGGGCUGGAUGGGAAUUAUCCCUCCUCCAGUGCAGUGUCAUCAUAGACUAUCCAUGACGGAUGAUAGCAAGAAACAAGAUCUUAGUUCAUCAUUGACAGAUGACUCCAAAAAUGCACAAGCGCCUCUCUCUCUAACUGAAUCCCAUUUGGCAACUCUGGCUUCCUCUUCUCAGUCCCCAGAAGCUAUUAAACAGUUGCUGGACUCGGGGUUGCCUUCCCUUCUUGUGAGGAGUCUUGCUAGUUUUUGUUUUAGUCACAUUUCCUAUUCAGAAAGCAUUGCUCAGUCAAUAGAUAAUUCCCAGGACAAACUCAGGCGGCAUCAUGUUCAACAGCACUGUAAUAAGAUGCCCAUCACAGCAGACCUAGUUGCUCCCAUUCUUAGGUUUUUGACUGAAGUUGGCAAUAGUCAUAUCAUGAAAGAUUGGCUUGGUGGUUCUGAAGUCAACCCACUGUGGACAGCACUUCUGUUUUUAUUGUGUCACUCUGGGUCCACCGCUGGAGGACAUAAUUUAGGGACACAACAGAGCAGCACAAGCUCAGCUGCUCAUCCUUCAGCUGCUACAACAGUCCUGACUACCCAGCAACGGACAGCCAUUGAGAACGCAACUGUUGCCUUCUUCCUGCAGUGUAUUUCAUGUCACCCUAAUAACCAAAAGUUGAUGGCACAGGUUCUCUGUGAACUAUUUCAGACAGCUCCUCAGAGGGGUAACCUUCCAACAUCUGGGAACAUUUCAGGGUUUGUACGAAGACUGUUUCUACAGUUGAUGCUGGAGGAUGAGAAGGUGACAAUGUUUCUUCAGUCACCUUGCCCACUGUAUAAAGGGAGAAUAAACGCAACCAGCCACGUCAUCCAGCACCCAAUGUUCGGAGCGGGCCAUAAGUUUCGCACUCUGCAUUUGCCAGUCUCUACAACACUGUCAGAUGUUCUGGAUAGAGUCUCAGAUACACCAAGUAUCACAGCUAAACUUAUUAGUGAACAAAAAGAUGAUAAAGAAAAGAAGAACCAUGAAGAGAAAGAAAAAGUUAAGGCGGAAAAUGGAUUUCAGGAUAACUACAGCGUUGUUGUUGCUUCUGGGCUGAAAUCACAGUCUAAACGUGCUGUGUCAUCUACACCACCUCGCCCACCAUCCAGGAGGGGAAGAGCGAUUCCUGAUAAAAUAGGAAGUACAUCGUCAAGCACAGACACCACCAACAAAACAAUUACUGUCCCCGUGUUUCAUCUGUUUCACAGACUAUUGGCAGGUCAGCCGUUACCAGCAGAAAUGACACUUGCCCAGCUUCUAACUCUCCUCUAUGACAGGAAACUCCCUCAAGGCUACCGCUCAAUAGACCUUACUGUUAAAUUGGGAUCAAAAGUCAUUACAGAUCCAAGUUUGUCAAAAACAGAUUCUUUCAAAAGACUGCACCCUGAAAAAGUGCCAGGAGGCAGGACCAGCUACAGCAGUCACCUGCCAGCCCGUCUACUCCAAUUGUUGAGCUCCAGUCCUCAUGAAAAUCAUGGAGACUUAAUUGGUAGCUGUCCAGAGGAUGAGGCUCUUACCCCGAGUGAUGAGUGCAUGGAUGGAGCAUUGGAUGAAUCUUUGCUGGAAACCUGUCCCAUUCAGUCGCCAUUACAAGUUUUUGCAGGAAUGGGUGGACUGGCUCUUAUUGCGGAGAGACUGCCCAUGCUCUAUCCAGAAGUGAUUCAGCAGGUGAGUGCUCCAGUGGUAGCUUCCACCACUCAAGAAAAGCCAAAGGAUAGUGAUCAGUUUGAAUGGGUGACCAUAGAACAGUCAGGUGAACUGGUUUAUGAAGCUCCAGAAACUAUUGCAGCUGAGCCUCCACCUGUUAAGUCAGCGGUGCAAGCCACUUCUCCCAUCCCCGCCCAUUCUUUGGCUGCUUUUGGAUUAUUUCUUCGUCUUCCGGGUUAUGCUGAAGUGCUCCUGAAAGAGAGAAAGCAUGCCCAGUGCCUUCUUCGAUUGGUAUUAGGAGUUACAGAUGAUGGAGAAGGCAGUCACAUUCUACAAUCUCCAUCGGCCAGUGUGCUGCCAACCCUUCCCUUCCAUGUUCUUCGCAGCUUGUUUAGUGCCACUCCACUGACAACUGAUGAUGGUGUGCUUCUGCGGCGCAUGGCAUUGGAGAUCGGAGCCUUGCACCUAAUUCUUGUCUGUCUCUCAGCUCUGAGCCAUCAUGCACCGCGGGUUCCAAACUCUAGCCUUAACCAAACUGAGCCACAGGUGUCAAAUUCUCAUAACCCUACAUCAACGGAAGAACAGCAGCUGUAUUGGGCUAAAGGGACUGGCUUUGGCACAGGUUCCACAGCGUCAGGAUGGGACGUGGAACAAGCCUUAACUAAACAGAGGCUAGAAGAGGAGCAUGUGACCUGUCUUUUGCAGGUUCUUGCGAGUUACAUAAAUCCCAUGAGUGGUGCUGUAAAUGGGGAAGCGCAGGCGUGUCCCGAGAGCCGAGCACAGAACAGCAGUGCUCUGCCCUCUGUGCUUCUGGAGCUGCUCAGUCAGUCCUGCCUCAUCCCAGCCAUGUCCUCCUACCUACGCAAUGACUCCGUUCUGGACAUGGCGAGACACGUGCCACUCUAUCGGGCUCUGCUAGAGUUGCUCCGCGCCAUUGCUUCUUGUACAUCUAUGGUGCCGCUGCUGUUGCCUCUUUCAACAGAGAAUGGUGAAGAAGAGGAAGAAGAACAGGCGGAAUGCCAGACUUCUGUUGGUACAUUAUUAGCCAAAAUGAAGACCUGCGUCGAUACCUACACCAACCGUCUAAGAUCUAAAAGGGAAAAUGUUAAAGCAGGAGUCAAGCCAGAUGCACCUGAUCAAGAGCCAGAAGGACUCACGCUUCUGGUCCCCGACAUCCAGAGGACCGCUGAGAUCGUCCACGCAGCCACCACCAAUCUGCGACAAGCAAAGCAAGAAAAAAAACUAGGUGAAUACUCAAAGAAGGUGGCUAUGAAACCCAAACCUCUGUCAGUAUUAAAAUCACUUGAAGAAAAAUAUGUGGCUGUCAUGAAAAAACUGCAGUUUGAUACAUUUGAAAUGGUUUCUGAAGAUGACGAUGGGAAAUUGGGUUUUAAAGUAAAUUACCACUACAUGUCUCAGGUGAAAAAUGCCAAUGAUGCCAACAGUGCUGCCAGAGCCCGCCGCCUGGCUCAGGAAGCAGUGACACUUUCCACCUCACUGCCGCUGUCAUCGUCUUCCAGUGUCUUUGUACGCUGUGAUGAGGAGCGACUUGACAUCAUGAAGGUUCUGAUAACUGGGCCAGCGGACACCCCUUAUGCAAAUGGCUGCUUUGAGUUUGAUGUAUAUUUUCCUCAAGAUUAUCCUAGCUCACCUCCUCUUGUGAACCUAGAAACAACUGGGGGUCAUAGCGUGCGCUUCAAUCCCAACCUUUACAAUGAUGGCAAGGUUUGUUUAAGCAUCCUGAAUACAUGGCAUGGAAGACCAGAAGAGAAGUGGAAUCCUCAGACAUCAAGCUUUUUGCAAGUGUUGGUCUCUGUCCAGUCCCUUAUCUUAGUAGCUGAGCCUUACUUCAAUGAACCAGGAUAUGAACGGUCUAGGGGCACUCCCAGUGGCACACAGAGCUCUCGAGAAUACGAUGGAAACAUCCGACAAGCAACCGUUAAAUGGGCAAUGCUAGAACAAAUAAGGAAUCCUUCACCGUGCUUUAAAGAAGUCAUACACAAACAUUUUUACUUGAAAAGGAUCGAGAUCAUGGCCCAGUGUGAGGAGUGGAUUGCAGACAUCCAGCAGUAUAGCAGUGAUAAGCGAGUGGGCAGGACUAUGUCUCACCAUGCUGCCGCUCUCAAGCGCCACACUGCUCAGCUCCGAGAAGAGCUACUGAAACUUCCCUGCCCUGAAGGCUUAGAUCCAGACAUUGAGGAUGCCUCCCCGGUGUGCAGGGCCACAGCAGGUGCUGAAGAGACUCUAACACACGACCAUGUCAAACCCAGCAGCAGCAAAGACCUCCCCAGUGACUUCCAAUUAUGAGCUGCAUUGAUAUGGAUUUCGUAGACACAAAGGCUUCGAAGCACAAGCCAAAUAUGUCAAUAUUUGUAUGUAAGAAACUAAUUAUGUAAUAGGUAAUGAAACUGAAACUAUACUAUGCCCUUAAGGAGAUCCAGUUUAAUUCAAGGUGAUCUUUGAUUUACCUGUACAAGAGUGUAAACUUUUUUGUGCUUUUAUUUUUCAAUUGUGAGAACCACUGAUUGGUAUGUUCAACAAAUUUGUGUAUACAAAGAAAUGGAUAAAUCACUGAUCUAUAAGGGAAACUACCUUAGGAAAGAAUGUUUACUGAAUGUUUAUCUUUUUUUUUUUUUUUUUUUUUUUUUACUGUAGAGUGAGAGGUUGUUAACAAAGAAUAUAUAUUGGUCAUUCUUACAACUACUAUUUAAAGUCAGCAACUUUUCACUGAAUUUGAUAGAUUUUAUGUUUGGCCAUAUCUUCAUGCUCAUAUUUGAUUUCUGAAGACUUCCUACGUACACUUUAAUAAAAGUUAAACAGACAUAGCCCCUCUUUUUUGAUUUACUGGUACAUUUUUAAGUAAUAAAUCUGCCAUAAAAUGCACUAUAGCUGGAGACUUGCACUUGUAUGGAUGAAUUUAUUACAUUCAACAUAUUUAAUUUUAUGCCUUCUAAGAUGCAGAAAAAGAAAUAAAUGAACAUGAUUUUAUUCUAUGCCAAACAUUUGGGCCUCUGAAUGUAUCCAUUAUUUGAAUUUAAUAUAUGAAAAGGUAUGGUCAAUUGGAAAAGUCACUUUAAACUAUUUUCCUCAAGGGCUCGUCUUAUUCCUGGACUGUGCAGUUUUGUUCCUGAAGUCACAUGUAUGUAUCAUACAGAGGCUCUGUAGAGGAGAGAGGCUGGGCCUCUCUGGUGCUGUUACAGUUCGUGCUGUACCUGCCGUACAGGCUCAUUUUCAUGCAAAUUCUUCCUGGAGCCAAUAAAUAAAACUUAGGUGAAUUAGUA